UUUGUAAAGUGAAAACAUAAGCGUUCACAACUCCUGCCGAGCAUGGCGGUCCAGGCGACAAUGCUUUCCACCGUCUUUCUCCUACAAUUUUUCCAAUGCUCCUAUGCAGAUGUCUUCGUGUAUCCAACUAUCCUGCAAGAGCGAACAACAACCAAGAAUUUGGUUCUACGCCUCAACACCAACCUGACACUGAAUCUUGAAAGGAGCUCGGUGCUGGCUGAUGAAUUAGUUGUUGUGACCAGCAGUCACGGAGGGGACCAGUUGGAAAAGGUAGAUACAUCUGCCAUUCAAGAGGUUCUCUACCAGGACACACAUCAUCAAUCCUCUCUCAUGGUGCGCCACCGAGAAGGUUCGGUGCAUGUCGAAGGUAUCAUCAACCACGAGCUAAGAAUAAAGCCUCUACCGGAAGACGAACGUUCACUGCAAGGCCGAAUACUGCACAAGAUCUACAAAGUACAAGAAAUAAAGGGCACCUAUGCGAAUAUCGAGCCGGAGCUCACAAACGUUUUCGAACGAUCCAACGUGGGCCACCAGGUCAAAGCAAGAGACCAGAACAAUCGGAAGCCUCCUCAGUCCACGAGUCAUGGAGAACAGCAGCGAAGACCAAACGCAGAGAAGUUUACGGUGGAGCUUCACGUUAUUUCUGACUCGGUGCACCAGAAAAGCUUUAAGAAAAGUGAGGAGCUAAUCGCUUAUCUGGCUGUCAUGACAAAUGCAGUGAACUUAAGAUAUCUUGACAUGAGAAAUCCGCGCAUAAGCUUCAUCCUUGUUGGAAUUACACGGAGCAAGGACGAUUCUUUCGCUAUCCAUAAGCAAGGUUACCUUGCUGGUGACGAGACAUUAAGUGGGAUAAGAAAUUAUUCCAAGCAAGGCAAAAUACCGGGAAACCCUGACCUGAUUUUCCUUUCCACCGGGUAAGCUAACGCCACUUUUA